AUGCCACCAAAUAAAAUUUUUAUUCCGGACGAAGAAAUCAAAAUUGACGAAAAUAUUGUUGAAGAAAUCGACGAUUUUCUAGGUGGUGAUGCCUCACCCGUGUUGAUGUAUAACGGGGAAGGGGUUAUGUUGGGUGAGGAUCACCACCGAGUCGAUUUCGAUUUUGUGGACGAAAAUGAUGGUGAAGAAGAGACCGAAGAAACUGAAAACAAUCAACGUACAUCAUCAUGGCUUGAUGUUGAAGAUACCCACCCUCAUCAAUUAUUCCAUGUACAAAAUCAACAUGCACAUCUCGAAGAACAAAUAAGUGGACCACAACCAAUGGGUGUGGUAAAAAUCAAAAAUAUAAUGAAAGAUUAA